UAUCAGGGGUGUACUUCUAAUUCUCCAUGAGAGCAAACCAGUUAAACCCAAACAGAGAAGUUCAUUCACAAUCGAAAAACAUUAGGGCACGCCAAAACCACACUCUUUCUUUUUCUUCCUCUUCUCCAUCUGAGGAGUUCUGUAAUCAAACGAGCAGAGCCUAGGGUUACGAAUCAUCGUAAUCGCGAUGAAGAACUUAAAAUUAUAUUCAGAAAUCACAUCUCAAAUCGAGUUACAAUCCAAAGAUGAAGUACUCACACACUCCGCAUUCGAUAUCGAGAGAAAUCGUCUCUUCUUUGCUUCUUCUGAGAACAUUGUUUACAUUUCUCAGAUUCCCUCUACUCAGGAAUGGCAAAAGACAUCAGUAGCUGAAAUUGAACACAUUGAAUUAGAGCCAGGGGAUACUAUAACAGCACUUGAUUAUCUUAUGGAGAAAGAAGCACUUGUAUUAGGAACUUCAAAUGGUGAUUUGUUGUUACAUAUUGAAGAUGCCCAUGUUACUGAAGUUGUUGGUCGUGUUGAUGGUGGUGUUAAAACUAUUGCACCUAGUCCGGAUGGUGCACUUCUUGCUGUUAUUACUGGGUUUGGACAGAUUUUGGUUAUGACUCAUGAUUGGGAUGUUUUGUAUGAGACUACUCUUGAUGAUCUUCCCGAAGAUGUCGACGGCGAACUUGAUGGUGGUUCUGGUCAGCAGUUUGAGAAUCCUGUAUCUUGGCGAGGUGAUGGGAGAUAUUUUGCUACUCUGAAUGGAGCUGAUUCUUCUUCUUCAUUGCACAAAAAGCUUAAGAUAUGGGAACGGGAUUCUGGGGUGUUGGAGGCUACUUCUGAGACUAAGGCUUUUAUGGGAGGAGCGUUGGAUUGGAUGCCUAGUGGGGCAAAAGUGGCUACUGCACGUGAUAGAAAGGUUGAGAAUAAGUGUCCGUUGAUUGUUUUCUAUGAGAGGAAUGGGUUAGAAAGAAAUUCUUUUAGUAUUGAGGAUCGAGUAGAUGGAUCAGUGGAGAGCCUGAAGUGGAAUUGUAGUUGUGAUCUUCUGGCAACUGUUUUCAGAUGUGAAGCAUAUGAUUCUGUGAAGGUGUGGUCUUUUAGCAACAACCACUGGUACUUGAAACAGGAAAUGAGAUACUUGAAGGAUGACAGGGUGAAGAUUAUAUGGGAUCCAACCAAACAGUUCUCUUUGAUCUGUUGGACAACUGGUGGCAAGAUCACGGCCCAUAACUUUGUUUGGGUGACAUCGGUCAUGGAAGACUCUACAGCCUUUGUCAUUGAUAACUCCAAGAUAUUAGUGUCGCCACUUGCUUUGUCUCUAAUGCCACCACCCAUGUGUUUAUUCAGCCUGAAAUUCCAGAGCCCUGUUUGCAGCAUGGCUUACUUUUCAAAAAACUCAAGGAAUCUUUUGGCUGCAUGUUUGUCUGAUGGAAGUUUUUGUGUUGUGGAGCUUCCUAGUUCUGAUACUUGGGAAGAGUUGGAAGGCAAAGAAUUCAGUGUCGAGGCUUCCAGUUCUGAAGCCACAUUUCAGUCCUUGAGACAUCUCGUUUGGUUGGAUUCAAAUAUUCUCCUUGGUGUUUCUUACCACGGGCCUGCUCGUGACCACUUGACAGUUUCAUCCACCCAGGGAGUCAACCAUUCUCUGACAUGUAGUUUGCAAGAAAUUGAACUUGUGUGUUCAGAGAAUCGUGCACCCGAUAUGGUGUCCUCUUCGGGUUGGAAUGCCAAGGUUGUUAAUCAAAUCUCUCCUGAAGGUUCAGUAAUUGGAAUUGCCCCAAACCCUGCUAAACCAGGCUCUGCUUUUGUUCAACUCGAUGGGGGCGCAGUUAUUGAGUACGCUUCCAAGAUGGGUGUCAGCAGGGGACAGUUGGGUCAGCAUCAACAGAAGCUUGAUCGUAAUGUUGGGUUCUCAUCUUCGUGCCCUUGGAUGAAUGUGGUUCCAGUUCUUGACAGUGGGGUCUUGAAAUCUUUGCUGUUUGGGCUAGAUAGUAAUUGCAGGCUGCAUAUUAGCGGGAAAGUAUUGUGUAACAAUUGUAGCAGCUUCUCGUUUUACUCAAACUCCACCGACCAGCUGAUAACACAUUUGGUUCUUAUCACCGUCCAAGAUUUGCUCUUCGUUAUUAACAUGGAUGACGUAUUGCAUGGAGAUGCAGAUGUUAAAUAUGAAAAUUUUAUCCGUGUUGUAAGCAAAAGGAAAGAAGAAAAUAAAAACUCCAUAAAUAUAUGGGAAAGAGGUGCGAAAUUGGUUGGGGCUCUACAUGGUGAUGAGGCUGCUCUCAUUAUACAAACCAUUCGUGGAAAUUUAGAAUGCAUUUAUCCAAGAAAACUGGUCCUGGAGUCGAUUGUUAAUGCUUUGGUCCAAAGACGUUUCAAAGAUGCUCUUUUAUUAGUGAGAAGGCAUCGGAUUGAUUUCAAUGUAAUUGUUGACUACUGUGGUUGGAAGGCAUUCCUCCAAUCAGCUAAAGAAUUUGUACAGCAGGUAGAUAACUUGAGCCACAUCACUGAUUUCAUUUGUUCCAUAAAGAAUGAAAAUGUUAUGGAGACACUGUACAAAAACAGUCUAUCCCAACCUCAUCCCAAGGGCACAAACGAUACUCCUGUUACCGAGCAGAGUGCCUUUGAUGCGAAAGACAAAGUUUCUUCCGUCUUGCUUGCUGUAAGGAAUGCUCUCGAGGAGCAUGUACCAGAGAGUCCUGCUAGAGAACUUUGCAUAUUAACUACUUUAGCUCGCAGUGAACCUGCUCUUCUCGAAGAAGCUCUAAAGAGGAUUAAGGUUAUUCGUGAAAUGGAACUUUCGGGGCUUGGCGAUCCUCGUCGCAAAAGUUACCCUUCUGCUGAAGAAGCUCUCAAGCAUCUCUUGUGGUUGUCAGAUGCUGAGGCUGUUUAUGAAGCUGCUUUAGGUCUUUAUGAUCUGCACCUUACAGCCAUUGUGGCGUUGAAUUCUCAAAGGGAUCCAAAGGAGUUUCUUCCAUUUCUCCAGGAACUAGAGCGUAUGCAACCUGCAAUCAUGCAAUAUACAAUUGAUCUUAGAUUGCGUAGGUAUGAGAAUGCUCUUAAACAUAUAGUUUCAGCUGGUGAUGCUUUCUAUGAAGAUAGCAUGAACCUAAUGAAGAGUAAUCCUCAACUUUUCCCACUGGGACUUCAACUGUUUGCCCAAAGUCCGAAGAGGAGCCAGGUCCUUGAGGCCUGGGGAGAUCACCUUAAUGACGAAAAAUUCUUCGAGGACGCGGCUGCAAUUUAUCUGUGUUGUCCUUCUUUAGAAAAAGCUUUGAAGGCAUACCGAGGUUGUGGUAAUUGGAAAGGAGUGCUUACUGUGGCUGGUCGUCUCAACCUGGGUGAAAUUGAGGUAGCAAAACUGGCGACCGAGCUUUGUGAGGAACUUCAAGAACUAGGAAAGCCAGCGGAGGCUGCCAAAGUUGCUUUGGAAUACUGUAAUGAUGUUAUCAGCGCAGUAGGGUAUUUUGUUACUGCACGUGAAUGGGAGGAGGCUCUGAGGGUUGGGUUUAUGCAUAGAAGGGAGGAUCUGAUUUCACAAGUGAAGAGUGCAGCUGAUGAAUGUGCCAACACUUUGGUAGUCGAAUAUGAAGAAGGAUUGGAGAAAGUGGGGAAGUACUUAAUUCGCUACUUAGCUGUUCGACAGAGGAGGUUAGUCCUUGCAGCUCAACUUCAAUUGGCAGAUAAGACAAUAGAUGAUAUUGACGAUGAUGCUGCUUCCGAGACUAGCAGUAAUUUCAGUGGAAUGAGUGCUUAUACAAAAGGGAGCACAAGGAAGGGGUCUAGUGCUUCUGUAAGUUCAAAUGCAACAAGCAGGAAAAGAGAUACGAGGCGCCAGAAGCACAGGGGAGGAACAAUACGUGCUGGCAGCCCAGGGGAGGAGUUAGCCCUAGUGGAUCACAUAAAGAGCAUGGCAUUAACCACUGGUGCCCAGCACGAGCUUAAAUCUUUGAUAGUUAGCCUAUUGACGGUGGGCGAAGAAGAUACAGCUCGAAAGCUGCAGCGUGCAGCAGAUACUUUUCAAAUAUCUCAAAUGGCUGCAGUCAAACUUGCUGAAGAUACAAUCUCCAAUGACAACAUGGAUGAGAAAACCCAUACACUAGAAAAUUACAUUCACAAAGUAAGAGGUGAAUUGCCUGUAUCUGACACGAUCUCAUGGCGGUCUAAAGUAUUGCUUCCCCCUUAAGUGUUUAGUUUUCAAACACUUUCACCAUUGUAAUCCAUAUCUUUGGGGUUUUUAUUUUCCCAAAAUGAAUCGCUGUAGUUGCUUUUUUGUCUAAUGUCGGUUUACAUAUUUUGUUUUAACAACUGGAAAGCUUAAUGUUGCGAACUUCAGAGAAGUUUGUUUCUUGAUGUUCAAAUUUAGUCAUCAUUUUCUCU